UUCUUGAGAGAUUGAAAGGAGCUGGCAUUAUAGGGGACAUAAUUCAUGAGGCUCCUUAUGGGUCAUUAGAGGUUCGUCAUGGAAACUGGAUUGUUGAUUAUGGGAAUAAUUUAACCACAAGAGCCUUCAACUUGCAGCCGGACAUCAGGUGGGCUGCACCCAAUGGUACGUUGUACACGUUGAUGGUCGUAGGACCAGACGUACCCACCAGAGACAAACCUGACGAAAGGUACUGGCUUCAUUGGCUUGUUGGGAAUAUACCGAAUAACGAUACAGCGAGUGGUGAAACACGUGCAACUUAUGUUGGAAUAGAGAGACCUAUGUAUGAAGAUGAAACUCAUCGUUUGGUGUAUCUUUUGUACAAGCAUCGAAACAAUCGUCUAGCAUUUUAUUUUGGAUCCGUCAUAGAAAAACGAAAUACUAUGUACAAACGGAAAUACUUUUCGCCAAAAGUUUGGGCGGAAAUUCAUGAACUUAACCAUCCGGAAGCUGUAAAUUUCUGUUAUAUCUCAGUCCCGUGAAUUCCUAGAACAUGUGGCCGCGGACACAAAAUUGCUUGCUUUAAUAGUGGGACAGAUUGGCACAGCAAUCGUGCAUUUCCAGAUACAAUAUUGAAACUUUCUGGAAGUUUUCUACAUCUAUAAAGAAACAAAUUUAGCCUGUGUGCCCAGUUGUGCCCAGAUACAUGGUGUCGCACUUUAACUGUCGAUGUACCGUUCAAUUACUUUUAGAUAGAACAAAGUCAUAUAUUUGAAUUAAUGAAUUUACCUUAAUCACCUCCUUUGGUGCAACUGGUACAACGUCAGGAACGAUGAAGUUGCCAUGGAGUCUGUAUAGGCUCCUUUUCUUAGUGUACAAGCAACCGAAUAAUGAGUCCAUUCCUGUACCAAACGCAAAUAUUAAAACUAGAAUGCCACUACCAAAUCUACCAACACUGUUCUGUAUUGGUGAAUUCGCAAAGGCACAUAAUUUUGGACCGCCUACCGCCGCAAACUUCUUCCAUGUCGAAGGGACGGAUAAAAUUUUCGAAGAUCAAACUGAAUUCUCUUCGGCUGAGGUCAGACAUGCAUCGUUCAAUGCCACUGAAAGUUUUCGAAAUGUGUAAUCAAAAUUUAAAUAGGUUUUUUUCUCUUUCACUUUGUACCUCAAUUCAUAAUUUUCAAUCAAGUAUUAAUAAAAGUUUAAACAGAUCAGUUAUCACCAAA